AUGUCGCGCCUGAAGGGAGUGGCGGAGCGGGAUACCCGAGUGGGUUUCAGAGCUGAGAGGAGAGACUUCGGUGCUUCAGUACCGCAGGGGCUGUUAAAGGCAGCGAGGAAGAGCGGCCAGUUAAACCUUUCGGGUCGGAAUCUCAGUGAAGCAUUUAUUUUAUCAAUCAAUAGCCAUAACAAACUGCAAAUACUUCCUGAAGAAAUUACAAAUUUAAGAAACCUGAAAGGUCUAUAUCUCCAGCAUAAUGAACUAACUUGCAUUCCAGAGGGAUUUGAACAACUUUUCAAUUUAGAAGAUUUGGAUAUUUCCAACAAUCGUCUUACAACUGUUCCUGCUAGUUUUUCUUCUCUCUCCAGUCUGGUACGACUCAAUCUUUCCAGUAAUCAGCUGAAGAGUUUGCCAGCAGGAAUAAGUGGAAUGAAAAGAUUAAAGCAUUUGGAUUGUAAUUCAAAUCUCUUAGAAGCUGUACCCCCUGAAUUGGCUAACAUGGAGUCACUAGAAUUGCUUUAUUUGCGGAGGAAUAAAUUACGUUUUCUACCAGAAUUUCCUUCUUGUAGAUUAUUAAAGGAAUUACAUGUAGGUGAAAACCAGAUUGAAAUAUUAGGGCCAGAACAUCUUAAGCAUCUGAAUUCUGUCCUUGUGCUAGACCUGCGGGAUAAUAAGUUAAAAUCUGUUCCAGAUGAAAUUACACUACUACAGUCUUUGGAAAGGCUUGACCUAAGCAACAAUGAUAUUAGUAGUCUACCCUGUUCAUUGGGAAAACUUCAUUUGAAAUUUCUGGCACUAGAAGGAAAUCCUUUGAGAACUAUACGGAGAGAAAUUAUAAAUAAAGGAACCCAAGAAGUCUUAAAAUACCUGCGAAGCAAGAUUAAAGAUGAUGGACCUAGCCAAAGUGAUUCUGUUGAGACUGCCAUGACACUACCAAGUGAAUCCAGAGUCAAUGUACACGCUAUCAUAACAUUAAAAAUAUUAGACUAUAGUGAUAAACAAACAACUUUAAUUCCUGAUGAAGUAUUUGAUGCAGUAAAAAGCAACAUUAUCACUUCUGUUAACUUCAGUAAGAAUCAGCUAUGUGAAAUUCCUAAAAGGAUUGUGGAACUGAAGGAAAUGGUUUCUGAUGUCAAUCUCAGUUUUAAUAAGCUUUCCUUUAUAUCCUUGGAAUUAUGUACACUUCAAAAAUUGACUUUUUUAGAUCUCAGGAACAAUUUUUUAAAUUCUUUGCCUGAAGAAAUGGAAUCGCUGAUAAGACUACAAACAAUUAAUCUUUCCUUUAACAGGUUCAGAAUACUACCUGAAGUUCUGUAUCACAUCCCCACACUUGAAACAAUUUUGAUUAGUAACAAUCAGGUUGGAUCUGUGGAUCCUCAGAAAAUGAAGGCAAUGGAAAAUCUGAUCACCCUGGACCUUCAAAAUAACGACCUCCUACAAAUUCCACCAGAGCUUGGUAAUUGUGUGAACUUAAGAACACUACUACUAGAUGGAAAUCCUUUCCGCGUUCCUCGAGCAGCCAUAUUAAUGAAAGGAACAGCUGCUAUUCUGGAAUAUUUGAGAGACCGGAUUCCUACUUAAAUUGGAGUUGUUUUAUAAUCUUGGUCAUGUUAAUUCUUAGACUUCUUACAUUGAUAAGUAACGUUUUUCUAAGGUAUCGUUCAUUUGUAAUGGUGAUAACCACAUACAGUGUUUAUGCAUUUAUUUUGAAUGUUUUGCAUAAGAUUUACUCUACUUUCAUUCCUUAUAAGAUAGUAAACAAUUUCUUCAAAAGUGAUUUUUUAUUUAAGUUAGUUUGAUAUUUUUAUAAUGAGAAAGCAUUUUUGUAGAAGUGGGAUUUUUCCCACCAUUUCUGUUCGUGUUACAUUUAAUGUGACCAGUUGAUUUGAAUAUGACCAUCUAAUUUCUACCUUUUUGUUAGAUAUAAAAUUGAAUUGAAUUUUAUUCAAAACUGUUCUUUGGCAUUUAAAAAAAUAAGGCUUUUCCUUACCCGUGAUAAGACUUUUGUGAUGUGGUUGGUCUUGGUAUAAGUUUUAAAUUAACAUUCACUGUCUCGCUUUUGUUUUAAUCCAGUUGAAAUGUUUCUUGUCUAGCCUUUUCCCUACAUUUUAUGAAACCAUUUUGUCAUAAUUUCUAAUGUAACAGGAAUAUUACACGAGAUGUAGUUAUUGGCAGAGAAAACAGUAAAAGCGUUGUUUAAGUUGCUCUCAGAAUUUUGAAUUUAAAACUUGACAAGUUUUUUUAAAAUGAUUUCUUACUAUUAAGUUUCCCUACAGUAACCUAGUACUUCUAGAUUUAAGAAAUUUGAAGGGAUUGGAUCUGCAUAUUUUUCCCUCAGAGUGUGUUUAAAAAUACCUUUUGUUCUUCUUUAAAAAAGUACUGAAGAGCUUAUUUUAAUUCUAUAGAUGUCAGCAACAGAAAAUAACUAAUAACAUAUACCACAUAGAAGUCUUCGAAAUUUCUUAAGUAAUUUAUUAAGCAGAUAUUUGUAUACAUUAUCUACUCUGUUGGUCUGUUCUAAUCCAACCUUGUGCAUUUUUUUUUUUUUUUAUUUCCAGGGCCUUACUUUUCAAAUUUAUUUCUAGUCUUCAUAAGACUAAACUUGUAGUCAUGUGGAAAUUUUCUGAAAGGGAAUUUGUUACUGGUUAACUUGAUUUAGUAAAAAUAAAGUAGAAAUAUUUUUAUUUAUACCAAAAAUAUCAGAGGUAGGCUGAUCAGUCAUUAUAAAACUUACCAUGUGAUUCUAUUAAGUAGCCAAUCAACAGAAUGUAUAUUAACUUACAUAGAUAUAGGCAGGUAGGUAGCUAGCUAGCUUUUGGGUGAUUGAGGCAUGCUCAUAUUAUGAAAAAACUCAUUGCUAAUAAAGAUAAAUACUACUGUUCAUAAUAAAAGUUACAUUUUCAAAUAUUGA